UGUUCAGGAACAUGGAGUGGUCGCUAGAGCGGCGCGUUAGAGACACCGAUAGAGCCAGAACCUUAUCUACCUGAAUUCCCUCACAUUCUCCCAGCCACUUUGUGCCACCGCACAUCACAACCACAACCAAACACCACCACCAGCUCUUUCUUCUCCCCUCAUACUACCGUACAACGUCUGGCGCGGUAUCCCACCACCACCACAAUGCGCAUCCCCUCCGCCGCUCGCUGCCGAUGAAAUGUCCGCCUUCGAUGAAUCCCAUAAACAAGGCAGCGGUUUCAGCGCCGUGAUCCCCGGCGACACCGUCCAGAAAUAUGUCAUCUCCGCGUUCGCCGCCAUCACCUGGUACAAUGCAAUCGAGCUGGUGGUUUUAUGUUUGACCACCUUCCAGCGCUACCGGGGCUGCUACUUCUGGAGCCUGCUCAUCACCUCCUUCAGCCUCAUCCCACACGUGCUAGGCUACACCCUGUUCCUCUUCACCCCCUUCGUCUCGCGCUACAUCUCGGUGACCCUGAUCGUGCUGACCUGGUACUGCAUGGUGACGGGCCACUCGCUGGUGCUGUGGUCGCGCCUGCACCUGGUCCUGCAGCACCCGAAGCUCCUCCACUGGAUUCUGGGGCUGAUUAUCCUCGACGCGGUGCUCUUCCACGUCCCCACGACCGUGCUGCUGUAUGGGGCCCUCACCAAAGCCCCGGCCUGGCAGGCCGGGUACAAUGCGAUGGAGCGCAUCCAAUUGAUUGCCUUUUGCGUGCAAGAAGCCUUCCUCUCCGGCAUCUACGUGUAUGAGACGAUCAGGAUGCUCCGGCUGCGGCCCGAGCGGCCCCGCCAUCUGAUCCUGACGCAGCUGCUCAUCAUCAACAUUGCCAUUCUGAUCCUGGAUCUCGCCGUCGUCGCGAUCGAGUAUGCGGGCUACUACGCCCUGCAGGUCAUGUUCAAACCCGUCGCGUACAGCAUCAAGCUGAAGCUGGAGUAUGCGAUUUUGGGCCGCUUGGUGCAGAUCGCCAAGGGGCCGAGUCUGGAUGGCUCCGACCCGCUGUCGAACCCCUCGGCGACGAGCGCCUUUGUCACCACGCCGCAGGGGUGGGAGGAGUGUCUGGAGGGCGGGGGGCGCAAUAGUAAUGCGACGACGGUGGUGCGGCCGAUGGAGUCCGGGGAGUCCGGCAGGGGGUCGCAUGCCAGUAUCGUGAGGUCGCGGGGGAGUUUGGUUUCGACGUGUUAGCCGGGCAUUUCCAAGAGACUCUGUAUAUGCGGACGACUCGGUGGGAAAGUCAGGGUGAGAUGCCAUAUUAUAUUUCAUAUGUACAUUUAG